CAAAGAGAACCGCGGUGACGGUAUUCGUUUGAAGAACGUUUUGACUCUUGAUAAUUUGUAAGAGUAUUAGCGGUAGUCGUAACUUCGUGAUUAUAAAUACUUAUUUGUAGUUAUCAUGCCUUGUUUAAAACCUAUUUUAGAACCUCAAGAAGAAUGGUUCAACGUUUCAACACAACCAUCAGUGGGUAUAAUAUAUCCCCCUCCUGAAGUAAGAAAUAUAGUUGACAAGACCGCUAGCUUUGUUGCCCGUAAUGGGUCAGAGUUCGAGUUGAGAAUUCGACAGAAUGAAUUAGAGAAUCCCAAAUUUAACUUUUUAAACCUGGGAGACCCUUAUAACACCUACUACCAGUAUAAAAUCAAGGAAUUUAAGGAAUCAAAAGCUCAAGACGUAAUGGGAGUGGCAUCCCGACAGAAAGCAGUGGCGGUUGCUUUGUCCAUAAAAUUGAGACAACAAGAACUGCUAAGACAAGCAGAAGAGCUCCUGUUGAAAGAUCCUCCUCCAGUUUUUGAAUACAUCACAGAAUCUCCCUCCAUUUCUGCUUUUGAUCUUGACACUGUGAAACUGACAGCUCAGUUUGUUGCUCGCAAUGGCCGCCAGUUCCUCACCAGUCUGAUGAACAAGGAACAUCGGAAUUCCCAGUUUGACUUUCUCAGACCACAUCACGCAAUGUUCCAGUAUUUUACUAAGCUACUGGAGCAAUACACAAAGGUGUUGAUACCCGCAAAGGACAUGAUAGCCAACCUGGGGGUUGAGUGUGUGAAUGCAUCAUGUAUCCUGGAACAGGUCAAGCAUCGUGCCGAGUGGAUCAGAUGCAAGGACGCCCAGAGCCGCCGGGAAGAUGAACUACUUGAACGAGAGAGGGUGGCCUAUGCACAGAUAGACUGGCAUGACUUUGUUGUGGUAGAGACUGUGGAGUACCUGGUGGGGGAUGUCGGAAACUUUCCACCCCCUACCACUCCCCACUUGGUGGGCACCAGGAUUCUCAUGCAGGAAAGAAUGGAAGAAAGUGAAAAUACAGAGGAAGAAAAAAGUAGUGAUGAUAAUGGAGUUGAACAUAUUGAAGAGGAAAAUGAACAUGUUGUGGAAGAAAAUACUUCUGAAAAAGAAUCAGAAGAAGCUCUGAGUAAAGAAGAUGAACGAAAGGAUUCAAAAGACAAUAAUCAGAUAGAAGACAUGGAGGAAGACUCAGAGACUGAGGAACAGUUAGUGCCACCCCCUACCCCUACUUGUCCUGUGCCACUCACCUUAGCCCCCACACCUCCUGAUCCAGACACAGUCAUUGUAAAGAGAGAUUAUGAUCCCAAACAAAUUGUGAGAACAAUGAAACCAAAGGUUCCAGAAGAGUUCCUAAUUUCUCCCAUCACUGGGGAGACGAUCCCAGCCAACAAGGUCCAGGAACACAUAAGGAUUGGGCUGCUGGAUCCUCAAUGGGUGGAGCAAAGGGAUAAACAGUUAGAGGAGAAACUCAACCAGGAGUCAGUUUAUGUCCCAGGUUCUGCAAUUGGAGCGAGUCUGAAGCUACUGGCUGAGAGACGGACGGACAUAUUCGGCGUGGGUGACGAGGAGACUGGCAUUGGCAAGAAGAUUGGAGAAGAGGAAAAAAAAGAAGAUAAGGUAACAUGGGAUGGACACACAUCUAGUGUGGAAGCUGCGACACGAGCAGCUCGAGCAAACAUUACCAUUGAGGACCAAAUCCACCAGAUUCACAAGGUGAAGGGAUUAUUACCUGAUGAGGAGAAGGAGCGGAUCGGACCCAAGCAUGUGGCUUGCCCCCCUCCCUUGCCACCUCCACUUCCUGCCCAGCCACCUCCACUUCCACCUCCCACUCGUAUCUUACCUCCGCACCCAUCACCAAUCAUGAUAAUACCUCCAAUUAUGAGUCCUAUGAUGGUGCCUCAACCGAGACCACAGUUCAACAUGAUACAAGUGGUGCCACCACCGACAAUGUUGCCAACCUUUGUACCCCUAGUUACUCAGAUGCACCAACCUUUGCUGAUGCAUCAAGCUGAGGAGAGGGUCAGUGAGCCACCUGCCAAAAAAAUGAGAACUGAGGAGUCCCUUAUACCUGAACAUGUGUUUCUUGGUAAAACUAAGAGUCCAGUGACGUUUGCCGUGACCGUGCCUCAGAUGCCAGAAAGAACAGAGUGGAAGCUAAAAGGACAGGUGCUGACUGUGACUCUGCCGCUCAGUGACUCUGUGUCUGUUAUCAAGGCCAAGAUAUAUGAAGCUACCCAAGUACCACCUGGCAAACAAAAACUCCACUGGGAGGGAAUGUUCUUCAAGGAUACUAACUCUCUGGCGUUCUACAACAUCUCGCCAGCCACCACAAUACAGCUGCAAAUCAAGGAGAGGGGUGGCCGCAAGAAGUAGACCAUUUCACUGUUUUAGUUUUUAACUUUGUGUAUUACCUAUGUAAUAAUGUUGUUUAUAUGUUAUAAAGAAGACAAAAUAUGAUAAAAUUGCCAUAAUGCAUAAUUAUUUUAAUACCUAGUUUCUUGUUUUUGGAAUUACUAAUAACAUUAUUAAUUUUCAACUAAAUAUGUUUGAAACAACUGAAUAAUUUCUUCUCAGUUAGUUAUCAUUUAAAUAUUGAGUUUAUUUUCCUAAAAUUUUCCUUUGUUAAUCAUAGCAGUUUAUAAAACAGUUGUGUGGUUAGUAACGUUUCUCAUUUUAGAAGUGCAUCUUUGUUCAAUUUCCUGGUUCUACAAAUGCUGAACAUAUACCACAAUGGUAAUGAAAAUUAGAAUUGUAUUCAUAAAUUACAAUCUUUUACAUUAUACAUGAAACAGUAUUAAUAUUGAUUGUAAAAAUAAAAGAAUUGUGAAAAUA